GAGGAGCCAAAGCACAGAGAGAGAGAGAGAGAGAGACAGAGAGCGAGAGAGACAGAGAGAGAGAGUGUCAGUCAGUCAGACUCAGAGAUCCAGCAGGAACGGCGGACUGAAGAGCGGAAUUUGGAGUUACUCUUCGUGGAGGUUUAAAUGGCGAAGCUGCUGCUGCUCAGCGCUUUUCUGGUCGUCAUCACAACUACGAUAGCCCAGGCUGAAGCUGAUGGAGGAGGACAGAAGACACUCAGGAGGCAGAAGAGGGAGUGGAUCAUCCCUCCAAAGAAACUGCAGGAGAAUGUGGAUUACACCACAGAGAAAUUCAUCGCCAAAAUCCGAUCGGACGAGGAGACCAGUGCUACGAUACGUUACUCUCUAAAAGGACCUGGAGCAGAUGAAGACCCGGUGCAUUUAUUCACUGUGCAUGAACGAACAGGCUUAGUGAGGAUCCAUGGCAUCUUAGACAGAGAGGCAACUCCUUUUUACCAUCUAAAAGGGAUAGCCAAGUUCGAAAAUGGCACUAGAGCUGAGAAGGACAUUGACCUGCGAAUUGAAGUUUUGGAUGAUAAUGACAACAGUCCUGUUUUUAAUAUUCAGCCCAUUGGUUCUGUCUAUGAACUGAGUGCAAAAGGCACCUAUGUCGUUAACGUCACGGCUACUGAUGCAGACGCACCAAAUACGUUACAUUCAACGAUUUCCUACAGCAACGAGCAGAAUCCACGUGAAGCCUUCAUGUUCUACAUCGACCGAACGUCUGGCAAGAUCUACGUCCAAAUGAAUACGCUGGACAGAGAGGUACAUGAAACCUACACGCUGACCAUCAUGGCCACAGACAUGAACGGACAAUCAGAUGGAAAAACAACGACGACAACAGUGACCAUCAAUAUUCUUGAUGUCAACGACAAUGUCCCAGUGUUGCAGAAUGCAUCUUAUGAGGGCAGUGUGGAGGAGAACACCAUGGAUGUGGAAGUGGUCCGGAUCCAGACCAUUGACCAUGAUCUAAAGUACACGGAUAACUGGCGGGCUGUGUAUAAGAUCAUCUCAGGAAAUGAGGCCAAAUACUUCGACAUCACCACCGACAACAAAACCAAUGAGGGCAUUUUGAUUAUCAAGAAGCAUGUGGACUAUGAAGAGCUGAAAGAGAUCAAUAUGCAAGUGACAGUCUCCAACGUAGCGGAGUAUCACUCCUCGGUCAAGAUCAUCAAACCUCAAAGCUACCCCAUUAAGAUCAGAGUCAUCAACCAGCCUGAGGGGCCUCGAUUCCAUCCCUCUGUCAAAGUCAUCUCCAUCUCUGAAGACAGCACCACCAUCAACCUAAAGAAAAUCAUAGCCACCUACACGGCUAUAGACAGCGACACGCUGGAAAUAGUUGAAAACGUCAGAUACGUGAAGGGAGAAGAUGCCGACAACUGGUUGAUCAUUGACGAGAACACGGCCGAAAUCAGACUCAACAAAGUCCCGGAUCGUGAGUCCAAGUUCCUGCGCAACGGGACAUACUAUGCCAAAAUCCUCUGCAUCACUAAUGGUCAUCCUACCAAAACUGCUACAGGGACCAUCGCAAUUCAGGUUGAGGAUUUUAACGACCACUGCCCAACGCUGACCAGCUCAGCCCAGACGAUGUGUUACGGAGACAGUGUUCUGUUCGUCACUGCCGAAGAUAGGGACGAUUUCCCCAAUGGAGAACCUUUUGAGUUCAAGGUGGUCACCAAGACCACGAAGGAGAAAUGGAGCAUUGAGCGUCUGAAUGAAACUACGGCCAUUUUGCGGUCUCAGGAGGUCCUGUGGCCUGGACACUACACGAUGGGCCUGGAGGUGCAGGACCAGCAAGGAAAGUUCUGCAGCGAUAAUCAGGUCAUUCACCUGUCCGUGUGCACGUGUGACGAGGCGAAGGUGUGUAUUCCGAAGAGACGGACGAGCUCGGAUGUGAGGUUGGGAGCAGCUGGAGUUCUUAUCAUGCUGCUGGGGUUGCUGCUUCUGCUGUUGAUUCCGCUGCUCAUGCUGUUCUGCGUGUGUGGAGGAGCCGCAGCUAUCGCGGGUUUCAAACCUUUCCCUGUGGACCAAACACAAAACCUCAUCACCUAUCACACUGAAGGCCAAGGGGAGGAUAAGAAAAUCCCGCUCUUACAAAUCCCCACAGAGCUGGACUCUGGGGGUCAAUUUGGCCAAGUGGGGAGCAGAGGGGAGCGGAAUGGGGCAUGGGCCGGAGGUGGAAGCGGCGGAAGAGAGAUGUUCAACACCUGGGAAGAGUGGUACUAUCACCAGUACGGCAAAGACUUUAACAGUACUAUGGAUUCUUCAAUGGCAUUCAAGACAUACUAUGACCUUCAGGGGCUGGGGGCCUUUGAAGGCAUUGCACUGUCUGAAGCGUUCUUGUCCUCUUACUAUUCAAAGAAGUUGAAGAACAUGACGGGCUGUGCUGCAAGCGACAGCCUGCUGAUGUACGAGUUUGAAGGCGACGGUGCUUCACUACAUGGUUCAUUCGAGGACAUCUGCAGCCAACUGAGCGAAGGAGACGACCUGGCAUUCCUCAAUGACCUUGGGCCGCAGUUCAAGACGUUGGCUGAGCUGUGCCAUGGCUCGGCCAUCGAUGUUGAGGUCAGCUCGGUCACAAAGCCGCCAGCACGUAAAUCAGCUCAGGCUGGAGCACAUCUGGGUGUGAGGCAAGAAGGUACCAUGGGUGCUUCACAUGCUGGGGCAAGCAGCUCUACCUAUGCUUCUGCUUCGGCUUCAACUUCUGCAUCUACUUCUGCCUCUUCCACUCAUAUUACAGCCACUGAUUAUCACCAGAGGAGCAGCACAUCCGCAGCAGGUGUGCUAACCCAUAACGUUCCCAGCCAAACCCUGCUAAUCCAACAGCCAGCUGUGUAUUACACCUCUACGCCGGUCUAUGUGGUGGACCCCAAGCCUCAAUCCACCCUGCUGGUUGCUGCUUCACCUAUGAUGGGCAUGCAGGAGAAUGUGGUGCUGGUGGAGCAAAGGGGAGCAGACUUUGCCCAGGGAGCGUCCACACUAGGUCUAAAGCAGACCCACAACAAGGUGCUGGUGGAAAAGACUGGCCAGCGGGCGAGAGAAGCUGCAAUAGUUGAAGCCAGCGGGCCUCAAGUUCUCCUCGGACAUUCCGAGAUUGGGUCUGGAAGCGUUCGGAUUGUGGAGAGCGGACGGGUGCAGACUCUUGAGUCUGUACGUCCCAGGCAGGGCUCCAGCAUCAGUGAAGGUCAGAGCUUUCAGCUCAGCAGGGGGCUCACAGGAACCCAGAAUGGUCUCACGGUGACGCAGCAUGAUGUGCCUCUUUUGACUGUCCCACACAGUGGGACUCACCAAAAAGUCCGGGAAGAGAGGAUUUCUGUCGUUGAGAAAAGCUUCCAGUCUAGCUCCGCCAUUUAAUGUAACGUAAAUCCUCCUUCAUUCACAUACUAACCAUCUCAUUACAUUCUAAGGCUCAUUACUUAGCAAUUACGUGAAAAACUGUGCAAAGGUAGUCUGGACCCAUUGGUGGCUCUUGGCCAUUUAACUAGUUAAAUACAUUAUUUAGUUCUACGUAAAAUACAGUUUAACUCCUUAAAAUUCACAGACAAAGCAUUUCCUAAGGCUUUUUACUCAGUAACUGUGUGGAAAACAGUGCAAAAUGAUGAAUAACAAUACGGUGAUGGGUAGUGCUGUGCGAUAUAUAUAAUCAAUAUCAGUAUACCAGUAUUGGUGUUACACCAUGACAUUUAUUUCAGUGGUAUUUUAGUGGUAUUGAUAAUUAAUGAGCAUCAUAUGCAAAACAUUUUACUCCAUAAAACUGCAGUAUUCCUGCUGCCAAGUUUUUCUGCUUUCUAAUUCUAAUUUUCUAACUCUGUGCACUUUACACAUGGCAUUCAGGUAACAACAGAUAACGACAAUAUCUGUCAUUUGCUUGUUGCUUUGAAUUGUUUUGAAAGGACAGUUAAAACUACCUACAACUAAAUAAACAGUAAGUUUCCUUUCUGUUUAGUUAAUAUUUACUGGGUAUUUACAGAGUAUGCAAUACUCAGUCAGCAUGGGUUAACUUUAUCUUUACAAUCUUAAAUAUCAUUAAAUGCUUAAAUAUUGCGAUAUUGAAUUGGAUCAGUACCACCCAACUGUAGUUAUCGGAGUGAGUCACAUAUGUCUGGAGUUCCGAAGCCCAUGAGUGCUAUUUUAUUUAAUGGGUACAAGAAGCAGCAUCUCUACCAAGCAGCCACAAUCCGAAUGAUGGUGUUCAGCCUUUGUAGACUGUUAAGUGUAUGAACACAUCUAAGGCUGGCUGUACAUGGUGAAACUUUCAUGCAACAAGUUGCAUGCUGUGAGUUGCCUGCAACAUAAUUUCCAUGCAAACUAAGUUGCACGCAACAUAUUCAGUUACUCCACAAAUCAGCACCUGGUAUGUUUGAUACAUAUCGUAACCACUAUAUAAAGUCAUUCAUUAGGUGUAAUUUGCAUAUUUUAGUUUGUUUCUAAAUGUAUGUAUCUGUCUUUUAUCUGUUUAUGAUUCGUUUACUGUAUACUUGUUGUGUGUAUGGUAAGCUUUUGAAAAUGAAUAUUUAAUUAGCCAUUACAUUCUGUAGCCUAAUUGAUGUCUCACUCAUUCUGUCCUACAAUCUUAGCCAAAAAAAGGUUCUAUAUAGUACCAAAACAGGGUUCUUUGGCCUGUAACAAUAGUAGAACCCUUUUUGGUGCUCAUGGAACCCUGUUCAAAAAGGGUUCUGUAUAGAACCAUCUACAAGACAUUCUCCAUCAAUCUGAAGAACACUCUCACAAUGCAAAGAACCCUCACGCGAAGGGUUCUGUGAGUAUUCAUGGUUUUAUAUAGAACCAUUUUGGUUACUAAAGAACCGUUGAAGAACCAUCUUUUUAAGAGUGUAGACGAACAACUAGUUCAUCGUUGAGCACAUCUCAGUCUCCCAUUCUGUAAGAAUUUCAAAAUUUGGAUCCCAAAUAAAUCAGAGGUCUGUGUAAAAUUAGGGACAUCAAAAGAAGAGAAAACAGUAAGUAAAUCAUGAGAGCAAGCUAAAGAAGAGGAAAAGGUGGCACAAGCAGCUGUUUAAACAGGUGUUCACAUUAGCUGGUUAGUUAACGCAGUUGGUUACAGAAGCAUUAGCUUUAAAAAACUCACAUUUGUUAUCAUGAAUCAGGAAACUAAAUAUAAAACUACCUUUCAGCCACUCAAUAAACCAUCCUCUGUUUACUUUCUUGUCCAUUGAUCUGGUAAAAUCAAUAAUUCGAUGGUAUGUCGUUCGACGUGAUACCAUGAUUCGUUAUUGCCAUUUUCGUUAGCUGUUUCAUCAAAAUUGUUCCACAAAGUUGAGAUGGUUGCAGUUGUUGCGGCCGAGUUUCAAAUGAGUUGCAGGACAAUUUAUUCUACUCAGGUGCAGUUUAGUUUCGUGUAGGUUUCAAGCAACUGUUUCAAGCUGCAUGAACGUUUCACCAUGUAAAGCCAGCCUAAAGCUACCAAAGAUGAGGAAAGUAAAUUAUCACUUGUAUCCUAAACGCAGUCAUCAACUGCUUAUAUUUCAGUGGUUUUAAAGCAUAAGUUUGAUCCGUACGCAACUCGGGUUAUAAAUGCUUUCCUUUGCAUUAAGCCUUUGAUGCACUGUGACAUAAAUAUGCCUCAAGCGCAAAGCAGAGCAGCUCGUCCUGCUAAUAGAGCGAGUUCACAUACAAUCAAAGAAGGCUUUUUUAGAGAAUGACUCAUGUAAUGAGCUCAUGAAGCUUUGGCACAUCUGUGUGCAUUUCGUAUGACAGAUAAUAGAGAUAUGUUUUCUAUCAAAGACAAACAGACAAAUAAAUCAGUUUUCCGAACUGCCUUUUUUCAUUGUCCAAGCCAAGAAUGUUUUAUUGCUGUACUUAAGUGCAGAAACUUUUCACUGAAUAAAAUAAUGCACACAUACGUUGCCCAAGUGCCUAAUAUUUAUGCACUCCCAGCAGGUGAUGAGAAAUAAAUCAUUGAUGACACACUGGAAAUUAAAAGUUCUGUAAAUAG